CGGCCCGGCAGAUUCGCGGCGGGGCCGGGAUGGGGCGCGCCAAGAGGGGGCUCCGGUAGCUCAUCCUGUACUCUCCAGAAUGCUCUGAAUGAAGCCGUGGCCACCAAGUGGGAGAUGCAGCGAAGUGUCAGCCCACGGGUGGCCCUCCCCAGCGAAGCCACGCGAUUCCUGGAGGUGCCCAUGGAAGGCCACAGCAGCCUGGAAUGGACCCCUGCCGCGCCUGCAGCUUCAGGUCAGCCCACAGAACCAGACCACGGGGAGGCCUCGGGGCCACCUGUGGGGAGCACCUUGGGAUCUGAAGCCCCGGCAUGCAGGCUAGGUGCCGAGGGGAGGGCAGAGUCCACCUGCGUCGAUGUCUCCCCGAGCAAUGGGCUGCAAGGGCUCCAGGUGGCCUUGUCUUCCUGUGGGGCUGAUGGGCCCACCAAGGCCCCCCCUCCCAGAAGCCAAGACCUUCCCGUCCCUCCGGAUCGCUCUGUCUCGGGCUCGUCUACCUGCUCCUCGCUGGGAGGGUCCUCGCAGGAGUCAGAUGAGGUCUUCAGUGACACAGAAGAGAAGAGCCCCCCAGGGAAGAAGCACAUUCUGCGGAAGACCAAGUCCUGGAAGACGUUCUUCACGAUGGUGCACUGGUCCUUGCGGAGACGCAGCUCCUGGGUACAGCUAGCUGGCCACGAAGGGAAUUUCAAGCCCAGUGAAGGAGGCCAGAUCCUGAAGAAGUUCAAUGCAGUGGAAGACGCCUGCCUGGCUGAGCUGAUGAGCGACGUCCUGCACCCCUUUGUGCCCACCUACCACGGGGUGGUGGAGCUGGGGAGCGACUGCUACAUCCAGAUGGACGACCUGCUGCGCGGCCUUGAUAUGCCCAGCAUCAUGGACUGCAAGAUGGGCACCCGGACGUACCUGGAGGACGAGCUGUGGAGGGCACAACAGCAGCCCGCGGCCCGGCGGGACUUGUACCAGAAGAUGGUGAAGGUCGACCUGUCGGCUCCCACCGCCCAGGAGCACCACCAGGGCGCCGUCACCAAGCCGCGUUACAUGCAGUGGCGCGAGGGAAUCAGUUCCAGCGCCUUGCUGGGGUUCCGCAUUGAGGGAGUCACGAUCGAGGGAGGAGCUGUGCAGAGGGAUUUCAAGCGGACCCGGACCAAGGAGGAGAUUGUGGAGACUUUCCUGAUGUUCACAAAGAGCCGGCCGGACAUUCUGAGCAGAUACCUGGCCCGCCUGGGGAGCCUGCGGAAGGCGCUGGAGGAGUCCACCUUCUUCAAGACUCACGAGGUGAUCGGCAGCUCCCUGCUUUUUCUCCAUGACCGGAAGGGACAAGCCAGUGUCUGGAUGAUUGACUUUGGAAAGACGCUACCUAUGCCAGCAAACGUCCUCCUGCACCACGAUGUAGCCUGGAUCCACGGAAACCACGAGGACGGCUACCUGAUUGGCCUGCAGCACCUCACUGGCACCAUGCAGGCCGCCCUGCGUAAGGCAGCCGCCCAGGGCCAAGAGACGGUGCCCGCUGACUCUUGAGUGUGCUGGGAUGACCCUGGAGCAAAGCAGGCCCUCUGCAGCAGCCAAGGCCGCAUUCACCAUCAUGACCAGCACCCUGCAAAACAGGGCCCCCGGGGGAUCCAGCCAUUGGAGGGUGCCCCAAGGGCAGCAGUGACAUUGGCCCACUUGGUGCCUGCCCAGGACUGGCUUCCCACUAGCACAGCUUUGAUUGAAGAAUGCCAGGGUGUGUGUGUGUGAGCCGCAGCCUUCUGGGCUGGGAGGCAAAUUAGAAGCCCCUUGGGCUGGCCACCUUCAAGAACAUCAGAAGAACCUGCUCGGUCAGGCCAAAGUGGGCCCAUCUAGUCCAGCUGCCUGUUCUCACAGUGGCCAGCCAGAUGCCUAUUAUGGGAAGCCCACAAGCAGGACCUGAGCCCAAGAGCACUCCCCCCCUCCACGGUUUCCAGCAAUGGACAAUGAGGGGCAUCUGUGAAUGACGGUGGCCUGUGGGGACGGCGAGUCAGGGACAGAGGGAUGAGCAGGCGCUGCAGCCAAGCGCCCCAAGGAUCCCCGUCAAGCAUGCUGUCAAAACGGGCCACUUCUGUUUGCUCGGCCAGCGCUGGAGUAAUGGGUGCAGGCAAGACAGACCCCUGCUGCUGUCCAGUUCAGGAGUGGGUCGAGGGGUAGGAGGAGUGGGAGGCAGAGCCCUGGGACCUUUGAGCUCAGCGGUGCACAUACGUCCAGCCCACCCCUUCCUCGCACAUCCCCAAGCUUUGAUGAGGGUGGGGCGGAGUGAAGAUAGCCUAAACCAUCUUCCCAGGUGUGCAGGCGCACCUGGACAGUAAGGGGCCAUCAGAAUGCUGCUUUUUGUGGGACAGCGGCAGCUUUUGCCCUGUGGGACCUCCAAGGCCCACAUACAGCAGUGCUUUGCAGGGUGGUCCUGAGCCCAGGGUGGAGGCGAUGUAGGCACGUUGACAUGUUGAGGUUGUGAUCCUGGGCUGUGCUUUCCUCCCCCUCGACUCUCCACCCAUUGCCAGAUGCCAUAAAGCUCUUCUCAUGCAGGAAAAACUUCUUGCCUGCAGCCUCACCUAUAGAACAGAGCAGACUGCCUCCUGGCCUCUGACCCCUGCCAAAUCCCACCAUCGGGCGGGGGGGGGGCAUGGCCCCUGACAAAACAUUGCUUACCAUCCUUCUGCCAUGCAGUAGCGGGGUGGGGAAAGGUAGAAAUUUGGGGCUAUUUGGCACCUUUUCUUUGGAAGAAACAAAGCAAGUAAGCAAGCUUCUAGUCCCUGUGGAAGAAUUUGGGAUGGGCCGUAUUAAAGCCUGCAGGAUAGGCUAAAUAAAAGAGCAGAAGGGGCCUCACUCCAUAA